AAAGCGGAAGUGGAUUGUUUCCUGACAAAUUAGUCGUCUGAACACAUUUAAGCUUUGUUUUUAGUCAUUUCCUGUACAUUCAUCCUCAAAUUAUGGCAGCAGCUUGAUCUAUGGAGGUGGGAUGGUGAAGAUAUAUGGUUGUUACCGGUAUUUUUGUUAAAGAUGUUAUGUGUUCACUCACAAUUGGCAGGAUGCUCAAAAGUCAAGGAGAUGUAAGACCUCUUUCGGAAUUCAUUACUGUGAGAGUUCAGGAUCCUCGCGUGAUGAACGAGGGAUCAUGGAAAUCGUAUGUGGACUACAAGAUUUUUCUUCAUACCAACAGCAAGGCAUUCACAGCUAAAACCUCCUGUGUGCGUCGGCGAUAUAGUGAGUUUGUGUGGCUGCAAAGGAAACUGCAGAAGAAUGCUGGUCUGGUACCUGUUCCUGACCUGCCUGGAAAGUCUUUCUUCCACUUUAACAACAUAGACUUCAUUGAAAAGAGGAGAAAGGGCUUACAGAGCUUCCUGGACAAGGUAGUUCACAUGACUGUGUGCCUGUCCGACAGCCAGCUCCAUCUGUUUCUGCAGACUCAGCUUCCUGUUGGUCACAUUCAAGACUGUGUGAAUGGUCACACUCCUUACAGUGUGACUGAUGCCAUUCUAACAUAUGCCUCAUCCAAUCGUGGCUGGGCUCAGGAGGAAGUGGACGGGUCACUGGAGCCAUGCCCAACACCAAUUUCUUAUGAAUCAGUUGAAAGUCCCUCUCCGAACGUUCCCCCUGUACGACAUGAAGGAGGAGCUGUCGACAAGCCUGACCUAAACCCUGUUGACUCAAAAUUGCAAGAAGACAAUACAACUGUAGAUACUGCAGCUCCUCGAGAUGGCCGAGAAGGAAGCGCACAGGACUGGGAGAAUUGUGAACACCUGGAGGUGGAAAUCCAUCAGCACGUUCCUGUUUUGAACACCCAAAACACUAAAGAAGGAAGUGAUCUCGGUAUACUAGAUGAGCAAACACACAUACACGACACCACCAUGGACACCAAUGCUAAUGGAAUUGGAUGUGUGGUCUUGCAGGCACCCAUUGCAGCAGAUAAGUCUCAGUCGAACCAUGUAGCUAGUAAUAAAUUGGUCAACUGUUUUUAGUCCUCAUAUUCCCCAUUCUGAGAGGCAUGUUAUAGUUUAGAGAAUGUAUAUAGUGAGUUAAACCAAACGCAGCUUAUGUGAAGACACUACAUUAUAAUUGUCACUUUGGAUCCAUGUUAACCUGCAGACCCGAGCUCUUUGAGAACUGUUUGUGGGUAAAGCUGAACAGUUUCAACUCUACUGUUAGUAUCUAGUAAAGAGAGCCAAAAUCAAAUCGAGAUGAAUAACCUGACCACUGGAAGUCAUUGAGACACCAGUGGUGAAUUAAAGUUGUCUGAUAAAGAUUCUGCUUAGCUGAAUAGACACAAUGUGGGGAUUUUUUUUUUUUUUCUUUUCCCCGGUUUUUUUUUUUUUUUUUCGGUUGGGUCUUUUUUUUUUUUUUUUUUUAGUAGUAAAUGUUCACAUUUGAUGGUUACUUUUUACAAAAAGGGUAGAAUACAACCUAAGUGUAUAGCUGAGAUGUUGAUUAGGGGCCAUCAAGGCUUUCUGGCAGUGCUGAAAGUGUACAUGAACAUGAUGUACUAAAAAAAAAAAUACAAUAAGACACAGUUUCGAGUGAAGGGUGCAGUGUUUGAACCUGUUUAUGUAUAUCAGUAAAUCAAAGUUCUGAAGAGAUUUUCAAGCUGACGUCCUAUUCUAGUGGCUCAAUCUUUGGACGCCCUGAAAUAAAUGACCGUAAAAAGAGAGAACCAGGUGGUCAUGCUGCCUGGGAAAUCAUGACGUUAUUAAACAUCAAGGGGCAAAGGUAAAACUUGUUUCAUAGGGUCCAGGCUUCCAAAGACUUAAGUGGUGUAGGUUUUUUUUUUUUUCUCUUUCCUGCUCUGCUGUAGACUGGAAUUUGGAAUCUAGUCUUAAGAUGCUUCACUCUCUCACGGAGUGUACAAAACAGCAUGGGUGACUCCUUGACAUAGACUUAAUGUGCAUGGAGUUGAUCGUUGAGAGACCAGGGUUUCUGAUAUCUGAGCUCUCUAACGCAGAUGACGGAAGAGAAUGAUUUCUAGGGAUUAGGACUUGUGCAAUUUUUUUUUUUUUUAAAAGAACAGCACACUCCUCAGUGUUGCCUAUAUGGGGGAUCUGGGUGGAGUGCAGCCAACACAGUAACUACUGGCACCCCUUGUAGUUUUGCAUUUCAAAGUUGUUGGCACCCUGACAAAGUGUCUUCUUCCCUCUUCUCAAACAUGUUGGUAUGUGGAAGGGUGACCUAUAAAUCACCCCCAGAUAUGAAUAGCUAUACAGAUGUCCAUGCAUGGUGCCCAGGUUGUUUUCCUGUCUCAUGCUUGGUGACACCUUGGUGAAGAUAAUGUUCUAAUGUUCAUAGCCUAGUUUCAGCAUGGCAGAGGCAACCAAAUUGGUUGGGCUAAAACAUCCCUCAAAAAUGAUCAUGAGAACAGCUGCAAGUAAUGAUUGGUGUACAACCAUUUCAUAGUGCCUGUGGGGGUGUUUUCUUGUAUAAAGUCCCCUCUUAUUGCUGGACACCCCAAUGAUGACUUUGAUUUAUUCAGUUUUUGCAGUGAGUACAUGUGCUCUAUUGUGCAGUCUUUUUCUAAACUUAAUGGUGAUCUAUCCUCUAACAUUGAAACUUGAUAACCCUUAAACUGGAAUCCUUGGUUCCUACUUUGUUUACGUCACUUUGCUCUUUUACACUGUGCAUGGGUGCAAUAAGCGCAUGCUUUCUCCUUUUAGGUACAUGUGCAAAUGUUCCAGUUGUAAUUGGUUACUUCUGUUUGUGGUUUUGUACCUGUUACUUGAUUUGGUGUAGGUCAGUCUCAUUUCUGCGGAAAGCUGUUUGGUUUUCCAGGCAGGUGAAAAAAGUGCAGUGCACUCCAACGGUACGUUGUAUAAAAAGCAGUACAGACCCUAGAGGUUAGGACAUGAAAUUCUUUGCUUUUUACUAACAGACUUUACUGUUGUGAAAGUCUUUAGACUAUGUAAGUGGCAAUGUAAGCCAGUGCAAAGGGGGGGGAAGAGAAGUGUGGUUUUUGUUUGGGUGUGGGGUUUUUUUUUUUUUUUUAAACUGAAGCGUGCCAGUACUUCCUGUGUUGACUGUAUGUUGCCCAUUUACAGGGAAUAAAAUGUGUGAAGUAAAAUAUUUUGUAUACUGCAUGCUUUUGCUCUUAUUCAUCCUGGUAUGAAUACCAGAGCAAAAGGCUAGACAUAAGUCAUGUUCCUGGCACAGUGCAUUAUGGGUAUUCAAUAUGUCACUUAUUGGAUUUCUUGACUGCGUUGAAUAUUUCUUCAGUGCUUUUAGACAUGGCUUAAGUGGCAACUGUUCAAAAUGGUGCAAUAUGUUAAGGUGUAGUGGGGAAAAUGAUUUCAGUGCAUAUAAGUCUAGUGUUUCAUAUGCUGUUCGAAGCAGUGUGUCCUGAGUUGAACGGUCUGCCAUUCCAUUUAUAAACCUCCAUCCAACAGACUGUCCGAUCAUUGGUUAAAAAGGGAAACGAAUUGCACAAAUGCAAAAUUUAGUUAUUAGGCUAGUAUGAAAUUAUUUAAUUGCAUUUUGGAGGUUCUGCGUGGCAGACCUUUCUAGAAUUCUACAACUUUCAGCAAAAUACAACGCUGUAAAUGCUCUAGGAGGCAGACAUUAGGAAGACCAGCAUUAGACAAGUAGAGGCUUGGGGGGGGAGCUAUUGUCUCUUGUGAUAAAUCUCAGUUGCUGCUGCUGGGAUUUCAGUGUGGUAGAGUAAAGCACAAGUCCAGGUGCCUUUUAUACUUUAUCCCAGUAUUAAAGGACACUUGGAAUGAAUAGUGAAUCUGGAUUAAUUGAAGCUGUCUUGUGGAUGCAGUACAGUAAUGUGCCCCUAGUGUUUUGUACACUCAGCCCUUUGUAUAGGAUUCUGUUGUCUUGGGAUAUAGAAAAGCUUUUCUCUUGUACACUUUUUUUUUUUUUAACAUACUAAAGAUUGUAUAAUAUUGAGACCAGAAGAGCAAUAUACUACAGAUGAUCUGUGGCUGAUUUGAAUGUUGCACAAAGCAGAGCCACAUCAGUUAUUGGGUGGAGAAUACAUGGACAUGUUCACAGACAGGGGAUGCUACAUGCCCAGUCUAACACAGACAAAGCAAUAGUUAAACUACUGCUGUGCAGGGAUCAUGUACAUCAGGAUUCAGUGCUUAAUCCCGUCCCCCCCCCCCCCCUUAUUUCUCCAUAUUAUUGCACUAAAGUUAUGGGAAUGUGUGGGUUGUAGUUUACAACAGGCUGUUUACACUGUCCUAGGGAACACACUGUAAUAGAUAACAGAUUAACGGCAAAGGGAAUGUUUUUUUUUCUUUGAACUAAUUAUUUCUGAGCAUAACUGUGACCUACCCUUGUUUAAUUUCAUGCUGCAUUUGUUAUUGUUUAACUGAAUUAUAAAAGUUGUGCACCUGGAGUAGAGCAAAUUAAAUUAUU